AUGGGUUUGGUGGUGCUCGCUGUGCUCCUGCGCAUCAGCGUGCUCAGCGAUGCGAAAAAGGAUAACUUGAAAUGGUCCUUUGUGGCGGAUGCCGCCAAAGCACGACAGGCCCUGGGCUUCCGCGUGGCGCACCGUGUUGCUCAAGCUGCAGUCUUGGGACUCACGUUUUUUGCCGGCUACAAGAUCGGCAAGAAGCGCCUGGAAGGGUAG